AUGGACGAUGUGCAGGGUGCAUUCGAAGGCGCAGCUAAAGCGAUCGGUGAUGCGACUCAGCAAGCACAACAAGACUGCGAGGCCAUUGCUGGCCAUACCGCGGAGGCAGCUGGCGGAGCAGCCAAAGCACUCGAUGAAGCUGGUCAACAGGCAGGACAAGAUUGCGGAGCUGCCGCAGAGGCAGCUGGUCAGGCUCUUGGUGAUGCAGGCCAACAAGCACAACAAGACUGUGACGCAGCAAUCAAGGACGCUGAGGCUAAAGCGAAAGAAGUCGCGGAGCAUACUCGUCAAUUCUUGGAGAAAGCUGCUGGUGGCGUGGCCGAACAGGCUUCUGGAGCUUUCGACGAGAUGAAGAACGCAGUCGGUAACUUGGUCGAGGGACUUCAAGACUUUCAAUGGGAUCAGAUUCCGGCAGCUAUCAUCGACUACAUCAAGGAGAACCCGAAGACGACCACACUCCAGCUAGUCUGUCUGCUUGUGGCUGUCUCUCCCAGUCUCGUCGCUACGCCUACUCUCUUCGCGCUGGGAUUUGGAAUUGAGGGACCCAUUACCGGCUGGCUGGCUGCCUCGUUCCAAUCGGCCUUUGGAACGCCACUGGCCUUCUCAACGCUGCAGCGUGCUGCAAUGGGUGGCUGGGGUGUGGGUGCCGUGGACGGUAUCGUUCAAGCCAGUGCAGCCAGUGUUGCAGGAGUCGCGGAAGUGUCUGAGUGGCAGGACAAAGACGGUGGGGAGGACGAAGCAGAAGGCCAAUCGGCUUGA